AUGGGCUAUGAUAUAACCCGUUUUCAGGGCGUAGUUGAUGAAGACCUUAUCUGCCCUAUUUGCCGUGGAGUCUUGGAUGAUCCAAUACAGGCAAUUGACUGUGAGCAUGCUUUCUGCAAGGUGUGCAUUAGCCAGAGGUUCACUCAGCAACAUACGUGCCCAGUGGAUCAGAGUGUUUUGAUCUUCGACCGAAUCUGCCCAGUGCCUCGGAUAAUGCUUAAGAUGUUGGCAAAGCUGAUGAUUUCCUGUGACAAUGCUGUCUAUGGCUGCCGAGUUGUGACGCGGCUUGACAACCUCGUGGCUCACUUCAGGGACUGUGAGUACAACCCCAAAAGGCCUGUGACCUGUGAUCGAGGCUGCAACCUAGUGAUGGCCAAUGAUGAGCUGCCACAGCACAAUUGCAUUAAGCACCUGCACUUCCAGCUAGAGCAGCAGCAGAAAAACAUCUCAGAGCUGGAGAAGAUCUCGGCAGAGCAGAAAAAACAGCUGGUGGAGCAGAAACAGGAUCUCCGAGAUCUGAAAGCCUACAUGCGUGUCCUCAACAUGAGGAACCCCACCUUUCAACAAGAUGAGAUAUGGCAAUGGGUGUACACCCUACAGCCAGCAAAGGUCACUCAGUGGGACUGUAUCAUCUCCACUCCAGAUGCUAUGCUUAAAGUUGUCCUCAGAAGAUCGCUGGUGGAGACUGGCUGCCCCACGUCUUUUGUCAAUCAGCUGAUGGAAAAUUCUCAAGAGCAUAAGUGGCCCCAGGGUCUGGCCACUCUGGAGAUGAGACAGAUGAACCAGCACUACUAUGAGAACUAUGUGACCAGGCAUAUCUUAGGCCUGCAGGCUGUUUUAAUGAUGGCCUAUGAAAAUCAGCAUAUGGAUGAAAACAUGGUGCGGGAGCCGGGAAUAAUCAUCAUGUUCGGGCAUGGUGUCGAAGACCUACUGGAUGCCUGA